AUGAAGCGUGCGCUGCAAGGACUGCACCAUCCGCUAAUCUAGAGUUGUCUAAAUUGGAUGUGCUAAGCGAGGAGAUCUGGUAUUAUCAUAGAUCGAUUGCGCAAGGCGAAUCUGUCCUCAGUCGUAAACUGCACCUUCGUGAUGUUCUCUACUAUGCCAUUUCGCCCUGUGUGGUCUUUAUGUGGUUGGCUCGUCACUUAACGGUUUUGGCACAAAUAGUUCCGAUAUGGACCUGUGUUUAAUG